UCGGCAUUAUGAAGUUGCAAUUUUCUCCUUAGUUGUCUAGUCUAUUUACAAUAUUAUUCACUACUUUAACAGUGAGUUCUUGAGAAGAGUGACCCGAGUUCGUGCACGGAAAUCAAAGGGUGAUGAAACAUUCUGUGUUUCGUGAGAUUGUCACGUUGGAAAAAUCAUUGUCGGCAAUUGGAAAGAGCUGCUAAUUCAAUCAAUCGCGAAGAGUUUCUGGUGAAAGUGUCUUCUCUGGGCCAGGAAAAAUGGAGUUUUGCCCUCCAAACGACACUAUUUCCAUACCAUGGAUCAAUCACGGAUUGACUCAGUGCUUCUUCAACACAGUUUCCGUGUCAAUAGUUGCCGGAUUUCUCUGGAUCUUCGGCUCAGUGCAGCUAUUCAUGUACCACAAAUAUGCCACGCCAAUUAGCGAGACUACGGAAAUUCCCAAAUCAUCCCUCUACAAUUUCCAAGUGUUCCUGCUGCUCUUCGUGCCCUUCAUGGCCAUCGUGAGAUUCCUCCUGACUGCAGUUUACUUCAGCAAUCCCAUCUACGGCUACAUGGUCUUGAGCCUCGUCUUAACUUGCUGCAUGUACAUUUACUCAAUUGUGCUGCUCAGCAAAGAGCGCCACUUUCUUCUGCCUUCCGUGCCCACGAGAGGACAUGGGCUCGUCCUGCUGCUGUUCUGGACCAUGAUUUUCAUAACUGAGAACUUGGCUUUCAUCAACAUGAGGCAGGAAGGAUGGUGGUUCAACCUGAAAACGCUCCCGGACAAAGUGGAAACAGUGUUCUUCGUUCUGCGCUACGUGUCCUGUCUUCUCAUCUUUGUCCUCGGCCUGAAAGCGCCUGGAAUUUACACUCAAUCACCGGAGGACUAUCAAAAUCUAGUUCCUCCGCAGAAUGACGACAACCAGUCGACCUUCAGGAAUGCGUGGAGCAAAAUUAAGACGCUGGCGCCCUUCUUGUGGCCCAAGAAGGAUUGCUUGCUGCAAUUCCGGGUGAUUUUCUGCUUCGUCCUGCUGCUGGCCGGCCGAGUGAUCAAUCUCUACGUGCCGAUCUACAACAAGAAGAUCGUGGACAGCCUGACGGAGAAGCCGCUGGCGUAUCGCUGGGAUUGGAUUCUCAUUUACGUGAUGUUCAAGUUUCUGCAGGGCGGCGGAACGGGAAGCAUGGGCGUGCUGAACAACUUGCGCUCCUUCCUGUGGAUUCGCAUUCAGCAGUACACGACGCGGGAGAUUGAAUUGGAACUCUUUCGUCAUCUGCACAAUCUGUCACUGCGAUGGCACUUGAGCCGCAAGACGGGAGAAGUGCUGCGCGUGAUGGAUCGCGGAACUGAUAGUAUCAACAAUUUGCUCAAUUUUAUCCUCUUCUCCAUUGUGCCCACCAUUGUGGACAUACUUGUGGCUGUGGUGUUCUUCAUCACCGCCUUUAAUGGGUGGUUUGGGCUCAUUGUCUUCGUCACUAUGUCGCUGUACAUUGUCGCCACGAUAACAGUGACUGAGUGGCGAACGAAGUUCCAGAGGCGUAUGAAUUUGGCGGACAAUGCUCAGAAGGCGAGGAGCGUGGACUCCCUGCUCAAUUUUGAGACUGUUAAGUACUACGGAGCCGAGAAUUACGAGGUCGAUUGCUAUCGCGAGGCCAUUCUGAAGUACCAAGUGGAGGAGUGGCGCUCCUUGGUGACUUCCAACAUUCUCAACACCACACAGAACAUCAUCGUGUGCGUGGGAUUGCUGGCCGGAUCCCUGCUCUGUGCCUACAUGGUGGCGUACGAGCAAGGACUCACUGUUGGCGACUACGUGCUCUUCGCCAGCUACAUCAUUCAGCUCUACGUGCCACUGAAUUGGUUCGGCACCUACUAUCGCGCUAUCCAGAAGAACUUCGUGGACAUGGAGAACAUGUUCGACCUCAUGCGCGAGGAACAGGAAGUGAUCGAUGCUCCAGGAGCGGGACCGCUUUCGAUUGUGCGUGGAGGAAUUGACUUCUCCAACGUCUCCUUCGGCUACUCACCAGAGAAGAUCGUCCUCAACAACGUGAGCUUCACGGUUCCGCCGGGGAAGACUAUGGCUCUGGUCGGGCCGUCCGGCUCGGGGAAGAGCACAAUAAUUCGGCUGCUGUUCCGCUUCUACGACGUGAGCAGAGGCGCCAUUGUGAUCGACGGGCAGAACAUCAAGACGGUGAAGCAGGCUUCCUUGAGGCGCGCCAUCGGCGUUGUGCCUCAGGACACGGUGCUGUUCAACAACACCAUUCGCUACAACAUCCAGUACGGCAGAGUGGACGCCAGUGACAUUGAUGUGGUCACAGCCGCGCGCAGUGCAGACAUCCACGAGAAGAUUCUGACCUUCCCCGAUCAGUAUGACUCUCAAGUGGGCGAACGAGGACUGAGACUGAGCGGCGGCGAGAAGCAGAGAGUCGCAAUCGCGCGGACGAUUCUGAAGUCGCCCUCGAUUGUCCUGCUGGACGAGGCCACAAGUGCUCUGGACACUCACACUGAGCGCAACAUUCAGGCGGCGCUCAGGAAAGUGUGCGCCAACAGGACAACAAUAAUUGUCGCCCAUCGCCUGUCCACAAUUAUCCAUGCCGACGAAAUUCUCGUCCUCAAGGAGGGUGUGAUUGUCGAGAGAGGAUGCCACGAGGAUUUGCUGCACAAGAACGGAGUUUAUGCGGAUAUGUGGAAUCAACAGCUGCAAAACCUCGAUGUGAGGCAGGGAGAGGAGGAGGAGGCCAGAGACGAUCAGGGUGAGAUUGAGCAGAUGCCGAAGACAUCGAAGCCACAAAGCAACCCACAAAUUCCCGCAGCUUAUAGUCAAUAUGUCGGUCAUCAUCAUCAUCACUAGUAUUUAUACGAAACUUGGGGCGAAACAGGUUUCUACCGAGUGCAUUGAGGGAGUCGUGUUUUUAUCAAAGGAUGUAGAUACGGUAGAUACAUAUUUAGAAAUAUAUAUUAGACAUGUUUAGCAGUGGUGUUGUCAUGUUUGCUGGAGGGUUGAGGAAUUUGUGAGGACGGCGAGCGAAUUUGCAU